AAGUGAGGGAAUGAUUCUAGUCUUGAACGUGAAACACGCUAACUGUACAAGUAAACCACGGUUCCAAGCUUUUAUCCUUUCAAUUCUGAUCUCGAGUAAUCUCAGAUACUUUCAUAUUCUUAACUUCUUGUUGAGGUUUCUGUCGCAUAUUAUAUUGUUUACUUUUUUCAUAUUAUUAUUAAUAAAUUAGACACAUGGGUUUAGUUUAACUUCUCCAAGUCAUUAAUAUGCAUAUUUAAUAGUUUUCUUUCUUUCUUUUUAAUCUGGGUAAGAGGUAUCAAAUUUUAGAAUCGAAACUGUAGAUACCAUAGACUGUUCUUGUUGAGUGCUGAAAUCUAGUUUUGUGGGGUUCUGUUUCUGUUUCUGUUUCUUUGUUGUUGUUUUUUUUUUUCUUCCUUGAAUGAGUUCUUAUUUCUUAGAACCUUUGGACUCAUGGGUUUGUCUUCUUUUAUCCAACUAUGAUGAUGCUUUGUUUCUGUUGUUCCUCUUUGUGCUGCUUCAGAAACGGUUUGACUUUUGCACUUGACUUGUGCUUAGUAUAAACUGAAGAACUGGAGCUGAAAAUUGCACACUUUUGGAGCUUUUUCUCAAAGUGAGGACCCUCUUGGAAGCAUGGUUAUGGUCAAGACAUUGUUCCUCUUGGUUUUCUGCAUGUGGGUUCCCUCAGAAGUUGUGGGGAGGACGGUACCUUCAGCUACCACUGUGAAUUCUACUGUUUCUUCAAGACCCAAGGUUGUGAAAUUUGGAGCCCUAUUUAAUUUUAAUUCUGUCAUUGGAAGAUCAGCAAAACCUGCUAUUGUGGCUGCUGUUGAUGAUGUUAAUUCUAAUACAACCAUUCUCCCUGGCAUUGAGCUGCAAGUUAUUUUACAUGAUACACAAUGCAAUGCGUUUCUUGGAACAGUGGAAGCUCUGCAGUUAAUGCAGAAUGAUGUGGUUGCUGUCGUUGGUCCACAAUCCUCUGGAGUGGCUCAUAUCAUCUCUCAUGUUGUUAAUGAACUCCAUGUACCUCUUCUGUCGUUCGGGGCAACUGAUCCAACACUAUCUGCUUUGCAAUACCCAUAUUUUAUCCGCACUACCCAAAGUGACUAUUAUCAGAUGUUUGCUAUUGCAGACUUUGUUGAUUAUUACAGAUGGAAGGAGGUAAUUGCUAUUUUUGUAGAUGAUGAUAAUGGAAGGAAUGGAAUUUCUGUAUUGGGUGAUGCAUUAUCAAAGAAACGUGCCAAGAUCUCUUACAAGGCUGCAUUCCCUCUUGGAGCCACAGAAAGUGAUAUCAGUGACUUGUUAAAUGAAGUAAACUUAAUGGAAUCACGGGUCUAUGUUCUGCAUGUUAAUCCUGAUUCCGGUUUAGCAAUCUUUUCUAUUGCCGACAAGCUACGAAUGAUGAGCAAUGGUUAUGUUUGGAUUGCAACAGAUUGGCUUCCUUCAGUGCUGGAUUCGUUAGAGCCUGCUAACACUAACACAAUGGAUCAUUUACAAGGGGUUGUGGCUUUUCGUCAUCACAUUCCUGAUACUUAUCUCAAAAAGAGUUUUGUCUCAAGGAUGAAAAGCCCUAAAGCCAAGGACACUGCAAGCUUCAAUUCUUAUGCAUUUUAUGCAUAUGAUUCUGUUUGGUUAGCAGCUCAUGCCCUUGAUGUUUUUCUCAAUGAAGGUGGGAAUAUAUCUUUCUCCAAUGACCCUAAGUUGCGUGACACAAAUGGAAGCAUGUUGCAUUUAGCAUCACUUCGUACUUUUGAUGGUGGCUCACAGUUUCUCCAGACAAUUUUGAGAAUAAAUUUCACUGGUCUGAGUGGUCAAAUUGAGUUUGACAUGGAUAAGAAUUUAAUUCAUCCAGCAUAUGAUAUUCUUAAUAUUGGUGGUACUGGAUCCCGUAGAAUUGGUUAUUGGUCUAAUCACUCUGGUCUUUCAGUUAUAGCACCUGAAAUUUUGUAUAUGAAAAAAUCAUCUAACACUUCUUCAACGAGCAAUCAACAACUAUACAGUGUUUUAUGGCCUGGUGAGGCUACAGCUACACCUAAGGGAUGGGUAUUUCCCAACAAUGGAAAGCCACUGAGAAUAGCAGUGCCAAACCGGGUAAGCUUCAAGGAGUUUGUUGCUAAAGACAAGAACCCACCAUGGGUACAAGGCUAUAGCAUUGAUAUCUUUGAAGCAGCCUUAAACUUGUUGCCUUAUCCUGUCCCAAGACAAUAUAUAUUAUAUGGAAAUGGCGAAAGGAAUCCUAACUACAAUGAGCUCGUGGAACAGGUUGCACAAAAUAACUUUGAUGCAGCUGUUGGAGAUGUUACAAUUGUCACAAACAGGACAAGGAUUGUGGAUUUUACUCAACCUUUCUUGGAAUCAGGGCUUGUUGUUGUUGUUCCUGUCAAGGAGGAGAAGUCAAGCCCUUGGUCUUUCCUUGAGCCAUUCACUACUCAAAUGUGGUGUGUCACUGGUGCUUUUUUUUUUUUUGUGGGAGCUGUUGUGUGGAUUCUUGAGCACCGGCUCAAUCCUGAGUUCCGUGGGCCACCAAGAAAGCAACUUAUCACAAUCUUUUGGUUUAGUUUAUCAACAAUGUUUUUCUCACACAGAGAGAACACUAUGAGUGCUCUUGGGAGAUUGGUGCUAAUCAUAUGGCUCUUUGUGGUGUUAAUUAUCAAUUCAAGCUACACAGCUAGCUUGACAUCUAUCCUCACUGUGCAGAAACUGUCAUCACAAAUUGCAGGAAUUGACAGCUUGAUCUCGAGUACUCAACCGAUUGGAAUUCAAGAUGGGUCAUUUGCACGGAAGUAUCUGAUAGAGGAACUCCAUAUAGCCGAAUCUAGGAUAGUUACAUUGAAAAACAUGCAGGAUUAUAUUGAUGCUCUUGAGCGUGGUCCAAGUGGUGGAGGGGUUGUGGCAAUUGUUGAUGAGCUUCCUUAUAUUGAGAUCUUGAUGUCCAGCGCCAACUGUAAGUUCAGAAAUGUUGGACAGGAAUUCACAAAAAGUGGCUGGGGAUUUGCAUUCCAGAGGGACUCUCCCCUUGCUAUUGACUUGUCAACUGCUAUUCUCCAACUCUCUGAGAAUGGGAACCUGCAAAAGAUUCAUGACAAAUGGUUUAGUAAUGAAAAGGAGUGUGCAACCACUAAUGUUAGUCCAGACAAACUAUCUCUGACAAGCUUCUGGGGUCUCUUUCUAAUAUGUGGCAUUGCAUGUGUCCUAGCUUUGAUUGUAUUCUUUGCUAGAGUGUUAUAUCAAUAUACCAAGUUCAGCCCAGAGCCUGAGGAGGUUGAUGAGGAAACUCAACCAAACAGGCUCAGAAGAACAAGCAGAACUCCUAGCUUCAAGGACUUGAUUGUUUUUGUAGAUAGAAAGGAAGCAGAAAUCAAAGAGAUACUUAAGCAGAAUAAAAAAAGGAGACGCAGCCAGAGCUUGGAGGGGAUAUCCAAUUCACCUACCUAGUAACCCCUGCAUUUUGAUUGGUGUAUUUUUUUUUGUUUCCCAACCAGUUCAUUGAUUACUCGAGUAGUCCGGUUCGAGCAGUGGAAUAUUGUAAGUUGUAGUUUUCCUAUAGUCUUCUUAAAUCAAACAACAAUCUUAUACCUUAGCAAUUAUAACAUCAAGAAUCUUAGAACUUUAUAAUUUUCACUGAGUUUCUUUUGAUUUUUUAAAAGAACUUGAAGCUUGAUUUUUAUCCCUUGACGGCUAUGGUGAGAGAGGAGAAUAUUGUUAUUUC